AUGAGUUCAGGCUCCGCUAAGAACGGAUCAUCGUCGAGGUUGACUCAGGUGCCGUCCAACCAGUCUCUGCUGUUGGAGAAAGUGAAUGCUAGGACGUCGACCCCGGACUCCGAAGCGCUGGCCAGCUCUGAAGACGAAGGAGACCACCGCCACGAAACCUCUCAAACCCUUGUACAGCCCGCCAAGCCUGUCCGCCGAGCUUCUUGGUUGAACGAUACAUCUGCACCUCUUAGCCGACCUCGCAAGGGGUCAUUUGCGAGCAACUCAAUGUCUCCAACUACAUCACACCCCAGCACUCCAUCUAUUGAAACUGGAGCGGGGACCUGGGGAUCUCAUUCCACUUCCUCAACAAUGGGUCGCACGCCAGGGUCCAACUUUCAUUGGGGAACUGGUAUCUGGAAUAAUCCAGACCGCAAAGACCCGCCGUUGAGACUCAGCGAGGUUCUUCCGUCUCCCACCUCAACUGUACCUCCUGGAGCUGGAAACAACUCUUUCUUUGGCCCAGAUUCUUCGAGCCUAACACCAAAUUCCGCAGCCGCGCGUGAGCCAGGCACCAAUUCGCAGAUUCCUUUCCCCAUUCCACUCCAUCCCACGCCAAAAACCUACCGCUCGCAGUCGUAUUCUGCUGGGCAGCUGGAUCCUGAAAUGUCACCAAGCACUGGAAUGGGCUCCUCCACCGUCAUAGGUCGAGCUCGUUAUCCUGCUCUUCAACAUCGGCCUUCACGCCCCAGCAUGCUGAGCGAGAUGUCGAGCGACAACAUGUUGGGAAAAGUCAAAGAAGUGGAAGACGACGACGACGAAAACUCAUCUGAAUCCCUCCAAGGCUCUUUCCACCAGAGCGCUGAAGCUAAAGCUAUCGAGAUGCUUGCGCGAGAGAAUGCCAUGCUUAGGCAGCAACAACAGGCUCAACAGCAACAGCAGUACGGUUCAAGGAUUCGACAACGAGGUGCUCCCGGUUCUUAUCAUGGCAACGGAUAUCCCCUUCGAGAGUAUGUUCCAGAAGAAGCGGAUUAUGCCAUUGAUGAGCUUGACGAAACAAACGACGGUGAGGGCAUGGGCAGGCGGCCUGCUGAUAGGAGAAUGAGCGAGUUUGGCAUGUCAGGCCCAUACCGCAAUCCCAUGGGCUUUGAUGGACGGAAAGAGAUUUCCAACUUGAAGAAGGCCCUUUGGUCUAGCUCUCCAAGUUACUUUGCAAAUGAUCUUUCCCAGAGUAGACGCCACUCCUUUGCCAAUAUGCCCACACGACAGGGAUCCAUCAGCUCGAUUGCCGAUUCCGUUGCUACACUGGAGGCCCCAAAUCCUGAUCUCCAGAUGAACCAGGGCUAUCCGUCCGGCUAUCCAGACAGCUCAGCUUUUGGAGGCGCGAGUAAUCCUAACUUCUUCCCCGGAGGCGGUAACAUGGCGGGUUCUAUGCCGUCGGGAUUCACCAAUCCAUUCGCUUCCCCAUUUGGAAUGCACGGUCAAUUUUCUGCUAAUCGCCCGCCGUCUCCUCAUCGUAACGUGUACAGUGUGGGCCAACCAAGGCACAAUCAGCUUUUACACGUCGUCCUAUUCAAGUGUGCCAGAGCAGACGUAUUCUACAUCCAAGAAGGCACUGGGCUUACCGUCAAGCCUGGAGACCUUGUCAUUGUCGAGGCUGAUCGAGGCACCGACCUAGGAACCGUUGCACGAGACAACGUCGACUGGCAAACGGCCAAGGAGCUCAAAGAACAUUAUGCAGAGGAGCAAUACAAAUGGUUAAUGAUGUAUUCCCAAAAUGCGGCUGCCGCACAGGAAGGUUCAGGUGCCGGCCUCUUGGCUUCGUCCAAUGGCCUCCAGGGCAGCGCAAUUGGCGGUAUGGGUCCACCAAAUCAACACCAUAUGCAAGAGCCCAGUGCUGGCGAGCUUCGCCCCAAGCUCAUCAAGCGUCUCGCCCAGAACCACGAGAUUCAUUCUCUACGCGACAAGGAAGGCCAGGAGGCCAAGGCAAAGAGAGUAUGCAUGCAAAAGGUCAAGGAACACGGCCUAAACAUGGAGAUUCUCGACGCUGAGUUCCAAAUGGACUGGAAGAAAUUGACCUUUUACUACUUUGCUGAUUCCUACAUCAACUUCAACUCACUUGUCACGGACCUCUUCAAGAUUUACAAGACUCGCAUCUGGAUGUCCGCUAUCAACCCGGCAUCAUUUGCCAGCCCUACCUUGGGGAUCCAAGCGCCGAGCGGGGUUGGACCUGGUGCCGUUGGUGUUGGUCGCGGAGCAAAUCCAAAUGAACGUCGCCCGAACCAAGUCUCGCAACAGGAACAGCAAUCACAGCUUUUCGCUGGCGCUGCACAACAAGCUCGGGGGCUGCGAUCUGGCUAUCCCCAGUCUCAAUUGGGCACAGAUAGGCCGGCUCCUGCGGCCACUGGAUUUCCGCCUCCCAACUACGCAUAUGGAUCUGCAGGUGCUUUUGGGAAUGCUCGAAUGAAUAAUGGCGGCGCAUACACCUUGGGCGUGAACCAGGGCGCCGAUGCCUUUGCCGGUGCUGGGUUCCCACACUCGGGCGAUCUCCAGUCAAUUCACCAGCGAUUUCCUACCUCUCAAACCAUGACACCCCCUGGGCAGCAACCCCAGGGCGUGAAUGCAAUGUCACCUCCUGGCGACUGGACAGCCAGUUUCCAAGGUCUAUCACUCAACACUCACUAA